AUGGCCCAUAUGAUGCAUGAUAUUUCGGUAGAUCAGUUUGAUGAUGUGGUAGCCAACAUUUCUAUAAGAAGGUACUUGGUUUUCAACGAGGCCGAGUUGACAAUUGAAGGUAAUAAUCACAACAAAGCUCUACACAUUUUUGUGACUCAUGCAGACACUUUAACUUCGAGGGUCCUAGUUGACAUUGGCUCUUCACUUAAUGUUUUGUCUAAAAGCACAUUAAUUCUACUGCAUUAUGAGGGACUAGAGAUAAGAGCGAGUGCCUUGAUUGUCCGUGCUUUUGAUGGAUCUCAGAGAGAGGUUAUUGGGGAAGUUGAUUUGAUAAUAUGUAUGGGUGACUGCCACUUUACUAUCACUUUCCAAGUCAUGGAUAUCCACCCUGCCUACAGUUGUCGACUGGGGAGACCAUGGAUCCAUGCAGUCGGCGUCGUCACUUCUACUAUGCACCAAAAACUGAAAUAUGUUGAGACUGAGGAGGGAAUAAUUGAGGUUCCAUUCCAAGGUUUAUAUUUUGAAGAAGUUAGCUCCACAUCUGUCGGUCAGGGUCAGUCAACAACCUUAGUGUUGUCAUCAGCUAAGAGUGCCAAGCAGACUUUGGAGAAUGGUCCUCUUCCUAGAUGGGGCCAGAUUAUGAAAGUCUCUAAGAAGCGUGAUCGCUUUGGCCUCGAAUAUCGUCCUACUUCCCAUCACCUAGCUGCAAGGGGAGAUAUGCCUAGGUUGGAAACCAACAUUAUUGAACAUUGCCUACCAUAUAAGCCUGAAUGCCCUCCAGUAAAGCAAAAACUUCACAGAACCCGACCUGACAUGGCACCGAAGAUCAAAGAAGAGGUUAAGAAUCAGUUUGAUGCUGGUUUCCUGGAUAUCAUAGAAUAUUCUCAGUGGGUUUCCAAUAUUGUUUCGGUUCCGAAUAAGGAUGGGAAAGUUUGA